UCUCUCUCUCUCUCUCUCUCCAUUUCAACUGUCUAUAGAGUCUCACCAAUGCUGGAUUCGAAUUCAAGCGAAAUCUACCUAUCCUUUUUAACUUAAUUCCGAUCUGAUUUCUCCGUCGGUUUUCUCGUUAUCUGAUUGCAUUUUCAAUUUUCCUUUCUCGGUGUAAAGGAGGCAUCAUGAGUGCAAAGCUAGUGGAGAUUGAACCCCGAGAACUUAAAUUCACUUUUGAGGUGAAGAAGCAAAGUUCAUGUGCAGUUCAUCUUGCCAACAUCUCUGAUCAAUAUGUUGCUUUCAAGGUAAAGACUACAUCACCAAAGAAAUACUGUGUGCGGCCCAACAUAGGCAUCAUAAAGCCAAAGUCAACAUGUGAUUUCACAGUUACUAUGCAAGCUCAACGGUCAGCUCCAUCUGAGAUGCAAUGCAAGGAUAAAUUUCUGAUUCAGAGCACAGUUGUCUCCUUUGGGACAACUGAAGAGGACAUUACUCCUGGCAUGUUUGCGAAAGAUAGUGGCAUGUACAUCGAAGAGAAUAAGCUCAAGGUUGUUCUCAUAAGCCCACCACAUUCUCCUGUAUUGCUACCAGUUAACGGAGUUUCAAAGCAAGAAGGUUCUUAUGACACUUCAAUUCAAAAAGAGAAAAUGCUAAGCGGAAUAGAAAAUCUUCCCCCAACUCAUAAGCUAAGUAAGGAUGUUGAGGAUCCGCCUAAAGUUGUGGAGGAUAUGGAGUUGAGCCCUUCUAACGAUGUUAUUAAUAGCCCCACCAAGUAUGUGGAACCAAGACUUGUAAAGGAUUUGGAGGGAACAAAAUUGAAAUCACUUAAAGAUAUUGAGGAGCUGAAAUCAAAGAUGAAUACACUGGAUUCAGAGCUAAUUGAGGCCGAAUCCACCAUUAUAAAGCUAAAAGAAGAGAGGAGCACAACCAUCCAAGAGAAGGAAAGACUCAAGCAGGAACUGGCGGUGUUGAGGAGAAAGAAUGGCGUACGAAGAGUUCAGGUGGGUUUCCCGGCGCUGUUUGUUUGCAUGGUGGCUCUUACUAGCCUGGCAAUUGGAUACCUCUUACGUGUUUAGCAGAGAGGAUUCUGCUCCUGGCUUGGCUAAGGUUGCAACCGUCUGGAGUCUAUAAAAAUAAGUAGUGUGUUUUCUUCAGUGGUCAGGUAUGAUUGUCUGUUUAUCUCAAAAAAAAAAAAAAACUGUACUACCAUUGCUGAUAUAAUGAGAUCUUUUGAAAAAUGAACGGAAAACAAAAAAACAACUGACCC